AUGUCUCAAAUGGAGAAGAACAUGAUAACGGAGGAAAGAGGAUGGAGAAGCAAGCCGUCGUUUAUGACGUGGACAGCGCGCGACGUCGUCUACGUGGCGAGACACCAUUGGUUACCGUGUUUGCUCGCGGUCGGGUUUUUGUUCGUCGUGUGCGUUGAAUCCACGAUCCAGAUGGUUCCCGCGAGCUCUCCGCCGUUCGAUCUUGGUUUUGUGGCCACCCGCUCUGUUCAUCGCGUCUUGGCUUCUUCACCGGAUCUGAACACCGUUUUGGCCGCUCUAAACUCGGUGUUAGGAGUGAUGCAAAUAACGUACAUUAUUGCAUGGGCAUGGCUAAUGGAAGGAAGACCACGAGCCACCAUCACGGCUUUAUUCCUCUUCACUUGUCGCGGCGUUCUCGGUUACUCUACUCAGCUCCCUCUUUCACAGGAGUAUCUAGGAUCAGCAAUUGAUUUCCCGAUAGGAAACAUCUCAUUCUUCUUCUUCUUCUCCGGUCACGUCGCGGGCACGACCAUUGCAUCUUUGGACAUGAGGAGAAUGCAGAGGUUGAGACUUGCGAUGGUUUUUGACAUCCUCAAUGUCUUACAAUCGAUCAGGCUGCUCGGGACGAGAGGACACUACACGAUCGAUCUAGCCGUUGGAGUUGGCGCUGCGAUUUUCUUUGACUCAUUGGCCGGCAAGUACGAAGCGACGAUUAUGAGAAAGAGACAAGUAUAG